AUGGCUUCCGCUACAGACACUCGACGAUCUAACACACCAGAGAGGCUUGGUAGAUCCUCCUUCUCUUCUAUCCGCGAACGCGACGACGAUCUUGCCCAGACCUUUACCUCGUCCAAGAUCUCCUCAUACAACACACCACUCGAACACGCCAUUGACGACUCGUCCGCCGACGAGGAUACUAUGUUGGCAACGCAGACACAGUUCGCACCUCCCAUCACUCAGCCGUCGAGCAGACUUCAUGGCUACUGGGCCCCGCCGGACUCCUUCAAGGGCUGGAAGGGCAUCAACGUGAAGGGUAAGCUCGCGAGCAAGAGCUUUGGUGAUCUCCAGAUAUUAAACAAUGCGUGGAAGCCGGCGCCCAGCCCACCUCGGGUCAGAGGUCGGGCCGCCCCCGGUGAAGCCAUUAUCGAGGUGCUUCCGAUCGAAAUUCUAAACAACAUCAUCGGUUUUCUUGAGCUUGACAUCCCGCCCAAUGGCAUUGAACGGCGCAAUGUCGACCUCAUGUCGUGUCUCCUCACGUCCAAGACCAUGCACACCGCCACCUUGAACACGCUCUACACCAAGGUCACCAUUCCCCACUCGAGAAUCUUCCACAAGUUCCUCGUGAAUAUCACGGCGUAUCCCGCGCUAGGCACGAUCGUACGGCGGCUUGAUUUCUCCCACUUCAACCCCUCCUCCCUAUUCAGCACGGCCAGGGAGCGCCUACAGACGCGAAACCUGACGCCAGACACGCUGUUGCAGUGCCUCCAGCUCACCCCUUGCCUCCAGGAGUUUAUGGCACAGGAGUACAUUGACGAUGAGCUGGACAUCAACGUGCUACGCAAGCUGUUUACUGGGCUUGACCGGAUCCGGGCCCUCGACUUCUGCGGAUGCUCCUCCACAGCCUUCAAGAGUUCCUUCCUGGAGCUCACAUCGGCGCCGCUACCCGAGACGCUCAUGAUCGAGCGCCUCUCCCUGCACAAGUGCCUGACGCUUCCCUCGAGCGUGCUCGACGCGGUCCUUCCCAGACUCAAGUUUCUCACCCAUCUGGACGUCGCCGGUACGAGGCUCUCUAACAAAGCCCUCCAGUCGAUCCCGCACACCGCCAAGUUGACUCAUCUUAAUCUGGCCAAGUGCAAUGCAUUGUCUGCCGACAACGUCAUUGACUUUAUCCAGAACCAUCCUGCCGCCAAGCAACUUGUGUUUCUGAGCCUCGCCAGCGACGCAAGAAGCCAUGAGCUGCUCUCUGCCAGCGACGUCACCACGCUGAUCCCGCUUUUGCCAAAGACGCUCAAGUCGCUGAGCUUGAAGGGUAGCAAAAUGAAUGCGAGCCACAUCGAUCUGCUCCUCCCAUUGACGAAGCACUUGGAGGAGCUGGCCUUGGGCCGGUCGCUGAAGCUGCAGGAUGUGGAUAGGCUCUUCAUCCCCGAUGAGUCGAAGCCUGUAGAGGAGCAGGUGGAGUGGGUGCCGCAUACGAUCAAGUACCUGGACCUCACUGACAUGUGGGGCAACGAACUCGACUUGACUAUCCUCUACAACGUGAGCUGUCUACUGAAGAGAUACACGGAACCCCUGGAGGUUAUCGAGCUUGCAGACGAUGCAUUCAAGCGCCUCCGCAAGUCCCCAGGCGCCAUUGGCAGGGCCGGCUGGCGCAUUUCCGACCUCCAUGUCCGAUCCUGGCUUGUCAGGAACCAUGAUCCUAACGAGCCGAUGCGCGACGACGGUCGUCGCCCCUGGAAGAUGGGCGCCCAGUACUGGGGCAUGCGCAAGGUCCCCGUAACCGUCGCCGAGGUCGGAGGCAUGUAUGGGUCCUUCAUGUUUGGGCGCCAACUGUAA